GACAAAAUUCAUUAAUAAGUUUCGUAUUGAAUCUUGUGACUUAGAUUUUUUGUGGUUUAUUGUUGUCGUAUAUUAGCUUCUAAUCUCCAAAAUGGAGUCGGAAUGGCCGUCUUUAGACGACAUUCGCCAAUUAACAACAUCUGAAGAAAUUGAAAAAGCGUUUAAAGAAGUUGAAAGCAGUGAACAACGAUAUACAAACGAAUUAAAUGAGCAACUCGAAAAUAAAUCUGUACUUGACGAACGAAUGGAUAGCUUGAACAAAAUGCUGCCUAAUUUAGACCUUCUACAUUCUGACUCAAAAAACCUCUUUGGGAUAAUUCAAUUUACGUAUACCUUAGCUGAAAACAUAAGCUCAAAAGUACGUUUACUCGAUUUAGCAAAAUCGCAAGUUUUUAAAGCGAUUCAAAGAGUAGACGACGUUUUGGACUUAAAAUUUUGCACAGACGGUGUGAAAACUGCUAUGGAGUCAAACGACUACGAAAAAGCUGCAGCAAACAUACACAGGUAUUUGUGUUUAGACGAAAACGUUAUAAAACAGACUGUACAUGAAGGUACUGAAAGCUCAAGUAUAAAUGCUUCCCUAAAAGUGCUGAAGGAGGCCAGAGUGGCUAUGUCCCAGGUCGUAGCUGAACAGUUUGAUCUUGCCGUGCUAAAUAAUGACCUUACUGGAGUUGAAAGAUUUUUCAAAAUUUUUCCGUUGCUAAAAAUGGAAGACGAAGGCCUUGACAAAUUUUCGCAUUAUUUGUGCCAAGAGAUUGCUAAGAGUUCGAGUGAAAAUUUAAAACAAGCUUUGCAAAUCGAGACUGGCGAUACAAGGUAUAGUUUAAUUUUUGCCGAUGUUUUGACCCUGCUUUUUGAAGGGAUAGCUAGAACUGUAGAAAAGCAGCAACCGUUGGUAGAAACAUAUUAUGGGCCGGGAAAAUUAUUCGUUUUGAUCAAAAACGUCCAAUUAGAGUGCGAUAAACAAACGAAUGUGGUCCUGCAAAAGUUUAAAGAAGUACGCAGCUUUAAGGGUACUGUCCAAAGGGUACAGCAAUCGUUAUUUUCAAGUAAAAAACCUGAAAAUGAGCAAAAAGUUGACCCACGAGACCUGGAGCCACUACUUACAGAAGUUACCAUAAUAAGUUCUCGAACAGAGCUUUAUUUACGGUUUAUAAAGCGAAGAGUCCAAGCUGAUAUAGAAAUCGUUUUCCCCACGAAAGAAAUUAAACAAGAGCGACAAAAAGAGUUGCAAGCGUGGAUCACGAAUUGUGAAUUAAGCCAUUGUAUACAAGAGGUCAUAGGAUACUAUAUUAUAAUGGAGGAAUAUUACAUGCGUGAGUCCAUAGCAAAAGCUAUACAACUCGACAGUUUUGAGCCUGGGAAUUUAACAUCUAGCAUGAUAGAUGAUGUGUUUUAUAUAUUAAAACAGUGCAUUAAAAGGUCCAUGAUGAGUUCUUCGAUAGAUUGUGUUUGCGCUAUGCUAAACCAUGCGACUUCUGUUUUGGACGGUGAGUUCCGUGAUGUUUUGGUUAACCAAGUUAAAAUCGGCUUCCCUUCUGGUGGAAUGUUGGAUAAUAUAAGUUCCGCUUAUACUGUGAUGCAGUCGUCAUUUCAGCACGGAAAACUACAAAGCGUGGACGAGCAGAGCACCGCAACCAGGCAGAAGUUUCUCUGUACUCUAAACAAUGCCGAAGUAGCUAGCGAGCACGUACAGACACUAAAACACAGCUUAGACGCUGAAGUAACCAAGGUAUUCAACCAGCUUACAGAACAAGAAAUGGCCAAAAUGGAAAGCUGUCUUGCAGAUUUAGCUUUGCUGUCCACGAAAUUCAGGAACGUUUUACAAAGUGGUUUAACCGAUUUAAGCGUCUCGCUCAUAAAGCCAGAAAUUAAGCCAUUAGUUUCAAAUUUCUUAUCCGUAAGUCAUAAUAUAAAUGAAGAUGAUCUAACAGAUUACGAGGCCAACGACCCUUGGGUGCAAGAAGUUAUUUUCAACAUACAAGAACUCUUAAACAAAUUCCAGCCAGUACUAUCUCCUAAUAUAUAUGACCAACUGAUCAGUCAUUUAAUAAAUGAAGUAGUAGUGCAACUCGAAAAAGCUAUUUUAAAAAGCACGUUUAACCGUCUCGGAGCUCUCUUUUUUGACAAAGAACUGCGUUCUCUUGUGAGCUACUUAACUUCUACAAGCUCUUGGAGUGUUCGCGACCGUUUUGCAAGAAUGAUGCAGAUAUGUACCAUUUUGAAUUUGGAUAAAGUAUCAGAAAUAGACGAUUACUGGGGACACAACGCGGGUUCCCUAACAUGGCGUUUAACACCUGCAGAAGUCCGUCAAGUUCUGAGUUUGAGACCGGAUUUUAAAUCGGAUGAAAUUCGGCAACUAAAGCUUUAGUGUGCUAAGUUUUUCUAUUUAUUUAUUCCGUAAACAGAAGUUUUAUGUAAAAUAAUUUCAAUAUUAUAUAGUUUUGUGGGUCAGUGCUAUUAGUAUGUUCGGUUUUGUAUAAACUGUUUGCAUUUAAAUUCAAAAUCAAGUUAUAUAAAUAGCUUACUUGAAGUCUACAGAUCUCUUUGCGCCAUUUAAAAAAAAAUUUGUAUCUUAUAAAAAUGCAUACGAAAACCUUUUCGUAAAGUAAUAUAUAUAAUGUAUAUAUAUUGUUAUUUGGUAAAA